AUGAAUACGCUGAGUCGGAUAGAUUCGUAUCUAUCAUCUCUCAUUGCCUCUCCUCCGCCUCAUAAACGACCUCCUACAAUACCAUCCAUUCGACGUUCGAUCACACCACCUUCACCUUUACCACGUGAUCCCUCAUCAUCGAUAUCUACAGGUAAUCCAAUACCCAGAUUAUCUAAUUUACCACCUACGCCAAGACCCAAAAGACGACGACCACCAACACGUAGAAUACCACCUACAUAUUCUUCUAUAAAAGUUCCACCUCCCACUACACCUUUGAUAUUUCGUAUAGCAUUGGUAUUAUGGUCUAUCCUCUUGUCAUUUUGGAGAAGUCUAGUUGGCGAAACCAGAUCAGGGAGAAGUAGAAGUAAAACGAAUAAAAAACUAAGAAAUAAAAGGAAAGGAAAUGAUACUGCUACUGCUACCUUAGGGGAGGGUGUCGCAGUAGAUCUCGGAACUGGAAUUGGAAUCGGUGUGGGUGAUGUUCUAAGAGAAUUAGGUGAAAGCUUAAUGGUUCAUGCUGGAAUAAAUACAUCUCAAUCUCAACUUCUAACGGGGAACGGAAAUGAGAAUGAGAAUGACGGAAGUGAGGUUGAUCAAGAAAAGAUCGAUGAAGAAGAUGAAGACGACGACGAAGAAGAAGAAGGUGAAGAUUAUUUAAGUCCAGUCACUCGUGCACCUGAAAAUCAAGAUUCAUUAGAUAUUCCACCUCCUACAGAAAACGAUUUUGCAAUAGCUAUAAAAGAUGAUACAUCGAAAAACCCUGCGAAUUUUACAUUCAGAUUGAAAUCCGCUCUACCAACGAAAAAACAUGACAAUAUUAACAAUAUAAUUAGAUCUGGAAAUACUCGUGAACAACAAGAAGAAGAAGAAGAAGAACAAGGGUUGAUGAUGAACAAACCACCCAGAUUGAAUCAAAGGAAAUCAAUAACAUUUACAAGUUUUCAAAAGCAACCUUUACCUGCAUCGAUCUUGUCGAAUCCCACUCCAAAGCUGAUUUCCAAUAAUAAUAUCAACAAUAACGAUCCAACGAAGAAGAAAAACAAUCUGACAAAGGUAGAUAUCAUUGAUAUCGUGAAUAAAGAAGAGUCAGAUCGGGAUCGUGAUUCUCCGACACGUAGAUCUGGUAUAUUAGCGAAUCCAAUCUCAAACUCGAUAUUAGAUCCAUCCAUACCUGCACCUGCGAAUAAAGCUGCUUCUUCAUUAUUUCGUAAACCUUCUCCACCAUUAUUGAAAAUACCAAGACCACAUCAAACUCCUUUCCAUUUACAAAAAACACUGAUAUUGGACUUGGAUGAAACGUUGAUACAUUCAACUUCGAGACUUUUGAAUUCUUCUUCAUCUGGUGGAGGUGGUAUGCUGGGUUUGAGUUUGGGCGGGAUUGUAGGAAGAGGUAAAUCAAGAGAAAGCCAUGCUGUUGAAGUUGUCAUUCAUGGAAGAAGUACAAUGUAUCAUGUAUAUAAAAGACCUUAUGUUGAUCAUUUCUUGAAAAAAGUCGCGUCAUGGUACACUCUGGUCAUAUUUACAGCUUCAAUGCCUGAAUACGCAGAUCCAGUUAUAGAAUGGUUGGACGCAGGAAGGAAUUUGUUCGCGAGGAAAUUGUAUAGAGAUUCAUGUCAUCUUCAACCCAACGGAAGUUAUACGAAAGAUUUAGCAUUGGUAGAACAGGAUCUGAGUAGAGUGUGUUUUAUGGAUAAUAGUCCGGUUAGUUACAAUUGGAAUAAAGCAAACGCAUUACCUAUAGAAGGAUGGACAUCAGAUCCUAACGACGAAGCCCUCUUACAGUCUAUACCAGUUCUAGAUAGUUUACGAUUCGUUAAUGAUGUGAGGAGGGUAUUGGGCAUAAGAGGAUUUACGUAG